UUGUCAGAAACAAUCGGACAACAUCAUCUCCAAGCAGCAGCGCUCGGCGGCGGAGAGGCAGUGGAUCCUCCGGAUCGCCAUGGCCAGUUCCGGAGCACAAGGGCUGCGGCGCUGCGCAGGGCGAGCCGUGCUGUGCUGCGUGGUGCUGACCGUGUGCGGGGCCGCUGCGGCCGGGCAGAUUCGCUACUCGAUCCCCGAGGAAAUGCAAAAAGGCUCUUUCGUGGGCAACAUCGCGCAGGACCUGGGACUGGAGGCCAAGGAGCUGUCAGAGCGCGGCGUGAGCGUGGUUUCCAGAGGUAGGACGCAGUAUUUCGCUUUGAAUGUAAAGAGCGGCCAUUUAAUCACGGCGGAGCGGCUAGACAGGGAGCAGCUGUGCGGCCGGGCUGAGAAGUGUCUGCUGAACUGCGAGGUUAUAGUGCAGCAUGACAUGAAGAUGUAUGGAGUGGAAGUUGAAAUCGUAGAUAUUAACGACAACGCUCCCAACUUCCAAACAGGGGAAAUGGAGCUAAAAGUCAGUGAGACAACAGCCCCAGGAUCCCGGUUUCCCUUCCGCAAUGUUCAGGAUCCUGACUUGGGGACUAAUUCUCUCCAGAGCUACAAACUGAGCAGUAACAAACAUUUCUCCCUGAAAGUGCAAACUGCAUCUGGGGGCUUUAAAUACCCCGAAUUAGUGCUGGAGAAGCCCCUGGACCGGGAACAGCAGGCUGCUCACGACCUCAUCCUCACCGCCACUGACGGCGGAGAUCCGGUCCGCUCCGGCACGGCGCGGAUCCACGUGGUGGUGCUCGAUGCCAAUGACAACGCGCCCGUGUUCAGCCAGCCGCUCUAUCGCGUGAGCGUGCGGGAGAACGUGCCCGUCGGGACCACGGUGGCUACAGUGAAAGCCACGGAUCUGGACGAAGGAGUUAGCGGAGACGUGAUAUACUCCUCACAAAUCACAGACCAGGCUUCCCAAGUAUUCCAGCUGGACUCUAGGACCGGAGAUAUAAUGGUCUUCAGGAACCUGGACUACGAGGAAUCCACAUUAUAUGAAAUGGAGGUUCGGGCACACGACGGCGGAGGCCUCUUCGACACAUCGAAGGUCGUGAUCUCUGUCAGCGACUUGAACGACAACGUCCCCGAGAUCAGGAUCACCUCCCUGCUCAGCUCCGUCCCCGAGGACUCCCCGCCGGGAACCGUGAUCGCCCUCUUGAUCGUGCAGGACCAGGACGCCGGAGAGAACGGCGCCGUCACAUGCACCAUCCCGGACCACGUCCCCUUCCGGCUGCAGAAAUCCGUGGACAACUACUACAGCCUGGUGACGGCCAGGGACCUGGACCGGGAGCAGGUGGCGGAUUACAACGUGACGGUCACGGCCCGGGACCGCGGGGCGCCGCCGCUGUGGUCCGCCACGACGAUCGCCGUGCAGGUGUCGGACGUGAACGACAACGCGCCGGCCUUCAGCCAGGCGGCCUACAGCGUGUGGGUGAGCGAGAACAACGCCCGCGGCGCCUCGGUGUUCUGCGCGCGGGCGGCCGACGCGGACUGGGGCGACAACGCCCGGGUGACGUACUGGCUGGCGGAGGGCGAGCUGCAGGGCGCGCCGCUGUCGUCGUGGCUGUCGGUGCAGGCGGAGAGCGGCGCGGUGCAUGCGCUGCGCGCCCUGGACUACGAGCAGGUGCGCGAGAUCCGCUUCGCCGUGGAGGCGCGGGACGGCGGGUCGCCGCCGCUGCGCAGCAGCGCCUCGGUCACGCUGCUGGUGCUGGACCAGAACGACAACCGGCCCGAGAUCCUGUACCCGGCGGCGCCCCGCGACGGCUCGACGGGCGUGGAGCUGGCGCCGCGCUCGGCCGAGCCGGGCUACCUGGUGACCAAGGUGGUGGCGGUGGACGCGGACGCGGGGCAGAACGCCUGGCUGUCGUACGAGCUGCUCAAGGCCAGCGAGCCGGGGCUCUUCGCGCUGGGCGUGCACACGGGCGAGAUCCGCACGGCGCGCGCCCUGGGCGACAGGGACGCGCUCAAGCACCGCCUGGUGGUGGGCGUGCGGGACAACGGGCAGCCGCCGCUGUCGGCCAGCGUCACGCUCACGGUGGCCGUGGCCGACAGCAUCCCCGAGCUGCUGGCCGACCUGGGCAGCCUGGCGGCGCCGGCGGCCGAGGCGCAGGCCAGCCUCACCUUGUACCUGGUGGUGGCCGUGGCCGCCGUGUCGUGCCUCUUCCUCGCCUUCCUCAUCGUGCUGCUGGGCCUGCGGCUGCGCCGCUGGCGGCAGGCGCAGCUGCUGGGCUCGGCCGGCGGCGCCCUGGCCGGGGUGCCCGUCUCGCACUUCGCGGGCAUCGACGGCGUCCGCGCUUUCCUGCACUCCUACUCCCAGGACGUGUCUCUCACGGCUGGCUCCAGGAAGAGCCAGUGGAGCUUCGGCCCGCCCAGCUCUGCCGGCACCCUGGCUCGGCCGCCGGCGGGACAGGGCAAGGAGCCUGCCCCGGUGGGUAAGGAUUCAAAGGUGUGUGAGGCGGACCAGGCUGCGCUGCAGGUGAGCCGACGUUUUUGUAUUCUGUUGCCCUUGUUUACAUUCUGGUGUUUCUGUCUUUCGGAUCAUUGUUAGUGUCUGAAUUUAUAUUUGAUAAAAGGAGUGCCUUUUAAUUGGUAUGGACGAGUAGCCAUAGAUAUUAUGACAAUUCUUGCAUAGGGAAAGGGCUUUUCUGUGUGUGAUUCGAAAGAAUGUUGAAGACACGCGUUCCUUUGCGUCCAUGGCUUUACUACAGGGCAGAGGUCAGCGACCCCCUGCACGUAUGCCGAGCAUGGCAUACAAAGCCAUCUUGCUUGGCACAGCACCACCAGUCCGGGCUCUAAGCAGCUGCUGCCAGCCAUGGAGCCCAUGCUGCUCUCAGCAGGCGGCUGGGAGGCUUCAAGCGCUGUUGCAAGUCCACCGGGCUCCGUGGGCUGGCUGCAGCUGGGAGGCUACAAAGAGCUGCGCGGGGGUCCGGCAUGCUGACCCUCCAGCACCUUCCAAGGUUGGCAUUGUGGCUUUUUCAGCACUCUGGCCCCAAAAAUGUUGCCUACCCCUGCUAUAGGGGAUCUGAUCAUCAAGGUCUACCUUUGUGGUUAUUGAUUAACUGCAUGUCUGCAGUUUUGAGCCUGCUGUGGCUUAACACAUACAUAUGACACAAGUUUUGUUUUCAAAACUUUGGGGUGCAGUUUUCCCGAACCCCCUGUAUCUAUAUCUAUCAAACUUGGCAGGCUUCAUGCACUCAGAAGGUGCUACCAUUCUUGCAAGUGUCGUCAAAAUCAGGCCAGAAAUGACAAAGUUAUAGGCUGUUUUGUCCUUCCCCAUUAUAGUCUAUGGGCAAAACAUGGGAACAGAAGUGAAACAGCGAAACAUUUCGGAUUGCCUUGUUUUGUUUUGAGGCUGUUUCGACUGUAUCUGUUCCAUUUUGAUUUUGCUGUUUUGACCUUGAAACAGGUCAAAACAGCAUCAAAAUCAAACUGGCAGGGAAAUUUACUUAUCUCUGAUGCUAGAUUAUUUGCUUUUCCUGAUUCAUAUUUCUUAUGUUCUUAGAAUUGUUAACUUACAAAGAGAAUUUACUGUCAGUGGUGUGCAAAAUGUAGAAGGACCAUUAGGCUGUGUUUGUUAUGUCUCUUGCUACUACUAUCCCUUCCACUUUUUAAUAUGGGCUACUAAGAAUCAGAAGUAUAGAGCGGUGACAGGCACCAUGAGUAGAACCAGCCCUUUUCAAAAUUUGCUGGGUAAAUACUGUUCUAACCUGUGCAUAAAAAAUUCUAGUAACAGAGAUUCUACAACCUGUCUCUCUAAAGUCUGCCAGUGCUUCUUGACCCUCAUUGCUGGAAAGGCCUUAAUAGGCCUUAAGGAUGAUUAUCUGAUUUUUUUUUUAAACCAGUAACAGCCAAAACACAUAAAACUUAAACAAAACACAUAAACCUUAUGUGGGACUUACUUUUAUGAUGGAGAAGGGACUUUGUGAUGCUAUUUUGUAUUUCUGGAAAAAUUGUUUGUACAUUUCAGCCAUCCUUAAUAAUUUUACAGUAAUUAGUUACAUGCAGAAAUGUUGUUUUGUAUUUGGCAUUA